AUGUCUAUUGGAAAGUUUAAAAAUAAUUUAAAUAGAACUUGUACUUUAUGUGAUAAUAGUUGUACUUAAUGUACCAGUUUAAGUAUAUGUUAAAGUUGCAAUUAAGGAUUUUAUCUUAAUAACUCUAUUUGUGUUUAAGAAUGCCCUGUUGGGAAGUUUAAAAAUAAUUCUGAUAGAACUUGUACUUCAUGUGAUAGUAGUUGUUUUUCGUGUACAAGUUUAUCUUUAUGCUAAAGCUGCAAUUAAGGAUUUUAUCUAGAAAAUGUUUCUUGUAUUUAAGAAUGUCCUAUUGGGAAGUUUAAAAAUAAUCCAGAUAGAACUUGUAUUUAAUGUGAUACUAGUUGUUCUUCGUGUACAAGUACAACUUUAUGCUAAAGCUGCAAUUAAGGAUUUUAUCUCGAUAACUCUAUUUGUAUUUAAGAAUGUCCUAUUGGGAAGUUUAAAAAUGAUUUAAAUAGAACUUGUACUUCAUGUGAUAGUAGUUGUUCUUCAUGUACAGGUUUAUCUAUAUGCUAAAGCUGCAAUAAAUUGUUUUAUCUAGAUAACUCUUUUUGCGUUAAGCAAUGCCCGAUUGGUAAAUUUAAAAAUGAUUCUGAUAAAACUUGUACUUUAUGUGAUGUUAGUUGUUCUUCGUGUACAAGCACAACUUUAUGCUAAAGUUGCAAUUUAAACUUUUUUCUAGAUAAUUCUUUAUGUGUUUCGGAAUGUCCGAUUGGGAAGUUUAAAAAUGAUUCUAAUAGAACUUGUACUUCAUGUGAUAGCAAGUGUGAAAAUUGUACUAGUUUAACUUUAUGCUAAAGCUGUAAUUUAGGAUUUUUUUUUGAUAAUUAGAGUUGCUUAAUAGAUUGUCAAUAAGGCAAAUAUAAAAAUGCAAGUAAUAGAUAAUGUUCAUUUUGUGACAACAAAUGUAAAUCAUGUGAUAAUGAAAAUGUAUUCAAAAUUACAUAUAAAGGAGUAGAAUGUACUUAAUUUAUUUAAAAAAUAAAAGGAAAAAUUAUUUAUGAUUAAAAUCCUUUAAGUCCUAUAAUUACAAUAAAUUCGCCAACUUUAAUUUCGAAUGUGAUGAAUUAUUUAUUCAAAUUAGUUAAUUAUAAAAUAUAGGAAAAAGAAUUCCUAAAAGUAUAAAUUGGAUAUCAAUAGCUUCAUCUGAAAGUUAAUAAUUUAUAAAUUAAUUGA